AUGGCGGCCUUCUCCCCAAUACUGCGGCAGCUGGGCUGCUCGAAGUCGAUUUUUAAGACCGAAGGAUUGCUACGACCCCAGCUUAGUCGAACCCUCACCACCGUGUACUCGCCGAAGCCAGAGCCUGCACCUCUUCCCGCCAAACUGCCCAAGGCGUUUGCUUCACAACUACCCACCCGAUUGCAGCCAAAUAAUGGGCGCAAGAAGCUCAAGAUCUACCCUCCGCCGCCAUCACCUCGGGCAAACUGCAAAGACCCCGUGGCGGCCUUGACAGAAUCCCAGUUAGCCUCACUUGACCCUACCGGUGAGCGCCGAGCUCUGUUCGACUACCGGAGGAACCCCCGAAGUGUGAAGGUCGGCGACAUUUUGCGUGUGACAUUCAAGAAUGGAGACCCCUUCUCGGGUGUUUGCUUGAGCAUCCGUUUACGAGGCAUUGAUACCUCGUUUUUGCUGCGCAAUGAGCUCACGAGAGUGGGAGUGGAAAUGGCUGUGAAGGUCUUCAGUCCCAACGUGGACAGCGUGGAGAUCGUACAGAGAACGGAGAAGAGGAAGAGAAGGGCGAGGUUGUACUACAUGAGAAAGCCCAGACACGAUAUGGGCAGUGUCGAGAACAUUGUGUCGAACUAUCUUCGCCAGAAGUCGGUUCUCACUGGUCAACGCUCGGCCCGGGGACGGAAGCAGAGACGCUGA